ACAAAGUAUUUUUCAAUAGAAAAAACAAAUCCAAUCGCUCAUAUAUAUACCCAUUAAUCAACUGAAGAGAGACUCAUCAAUCAACUCCCUCUCUCUCUCUCUCUCAAGCAACCAGCAAGCGAUCUCAUUCUCAUCAUUUCUACAUUAUAUAUAUUCUGCUUUAUUAUUGUAUAAUAAUUUUUUCAUUUGAAUUUGUUAGUCUAUAACCUGAUUUUAGUUUUGCAGGCUUUGUCAAUAAAGUUUUCUGAUUCACAACGCAACACAAGAUUAUCACUCAGCUUCUGUCUUUCUUAGUUUUGUUUUUGUCUUCUUUUUUUUGUGCUAACGAAAUGGAUGCAGGAUCGUACUCAGCCUCAUCAAAUAAGAAACAAUCUCGUUGCCCUCUCCAGGAACAACUUCUUCAACGUAGAAAUUCUCGUGAAAAUUUGGAUAGGUUUAUUCCAAAUCGAUCAGCGAUGGAUUUCGACUAUGCACAUUACAUGCUGACAGAGGCCGGAAAGAAAGGUAAGGAAAACCCAGCUGCCAGCUCUCCCUCCAGAGAGGCAUACAGAAAGCAGCUUGCAGAAACCUUCAACAUGAACAGGUCGCGCAUUCUGGCGUUCAAGAACAAACCACCCACUCCUGUUGAGGCAAUUCCUAAUGAGUUUGCCUCUGUUCAACAACCCAAAUCUGCAAAACCCCGUCGACACAUUCCUCAGACCUGUGAGAGGACAUUGGAUGCUCCAGAUAUUAUGGAUGAUUACUAUUUGAAUUUGUUAGACUGGGGCAGCAGCAAUGUUCUUUCUAUUGCUCUUGGCAGCACUGUAUAUCUGUGGGAUGCAUCUGAUGGUGCUACUUCAGAGCUGGUCAGUAUUGAUGAGGAAAAUGGCCCUGUUACAAGUGUUAAAUGGGCUCCUGAUGGUCGACAUAUUGCUGUUGGUCUUAACAAUUCUGAAGUUCAGCUUUGGGAUUCUACAGCAAAUCGACUCCUGAGAACUUUGAAAGGUGGUCACCGAUCCCGAGUUGGUGCUCUAGAUUGGAACAACCACAUUUUGACAACAGGUGGAAUGGAUGGUCAAAUCAUAAACAAUGAUGUGAGAAUAAGAUCACCUAUUGUUGACACUUACCAAGGCCAUGAUCAAGAAGUCUGUGGUCUAAAAUGGUCAGCUUCUGGCCAGCAAUUAGCUAGCGGCGGAAAUGACAACUGUCUCAACAUAUGGGACAGUUCAAUGGCUUCUUCAAACUCUACAACACAGUGGCUUCACAGGCUUGAAGAUCAUACAGCUGCUGUUAAAGCCUUAGCUUGGUGUCCUUUUCAGGGUAACUUAUUAGCCUCGGGUGGUGGUGGAAGUGACAGGUGUAUUAAGUUCUGGAAUACACACACUGGUGCCUGCUUGAAUUCUGUUGAUACAGGAUCUCAGGUUUGUUCCCUUAUAUGGAACAAGAACGAACGAGAGCUACUAAGUUCUCAUGGUUUCACUCAGAAUCAGCUUACUCUUUGGAAAUACCCUUCAAUGGUAAAGGUAGCUGAGCUUACUGGUCACACCUCAAGAGUACUUUUCAUGGCUCAGAGUCCAGAUGGCUGCACAGUUGCAUCUGCAGCUGGAGAUGAAACUCUCAGAUUUUGGAAUGUAUUUGGGACUCCUGAAGUUGCAAAACCUGCACCAAAGGCAAACCCUGAACCAUUUGCUCACCAAAGGCAAACCAUGAUUCGCUGAAUGACAAUGGAACAAACAUUACAUGCCUGGUGAUUUCUGUACAGUCUUAUCAAUACAAAUAAUACUGGAGCAAAGACUGCUGACUGAAGAAGGCAACUGUGAAUUCAUUUCUAACUUAACAAUCUGUAUUAGAUCCUAGACCAGAUCAACUGCUGUAUGUAGAACAUAUUUUUAUUUUAUUUUUUAUUUAUGAUCAGCAAGAUCAGAUUUGUCUGCGACAAUUUGGACCUGAUCUCACCUAUAGUGACAAAGGGCCUGUCCAGAAAUAUUACCUUCAAUUCCCCUUGUACAGUUACCGGAUGAUAAUUCAGUAUUUCUCAAUAUAAAAACAUGAUGAUUUUGAAACUAUUGAAGGUUUGUUAUCCUA